UGCCGCUGCUGGCUGCCUGUAGGGGGAGCUGCAGCGGAAGCGCGCAGCUCCUCUCAGGCAGUACAAGGGGCCAUGAGACAGAGCUACGUGAGGCAGUGGCUGAUGUCUUCUGCUCCCACUGUAGUGUAAGCGAUGGCGUCUGCUGAUCUGAGACAGGAGCUGCACUGUUCCAUCUGCCUGAGCAUUUAUACAGAUCCUGUAACCCUGAGAUGUGGCCACAACUUCUGCCGGGUCUGUAUUGAUCGUGUGCUGGAUACACAGGAGGGGGCUGGAGCUUAUACCUGUCCUGAAUGCAGAGCAGAGUGUCAGGAGCGUCCUGCAAUGAUACGGAACAUUCCUCUGUGUAACAUAGUGGGGAGGUUCCUGUCUGCUCGGCCAGAUCAGGAGGAGACUGGGAUCUUCUGCACUUACUGUAUUCACUCUCCUGUACCUGCUGCUAAAUCCUGUCUGCUGUGUGAGGCUUCUCUGUGUGAUAAACACCUGAGAGUACACAGCAAGUCAGCAGAACACGUCUUAUGUGAUCCCACCACUGCCCUGGGGAACAGGAAAUGCUCCUUCCAUAAGAAGGUCCUGGAGUAUUACUGCACCGAGGACGCUGCCUGUAUCUGUGUGUACUGUUCAGCUGGAGAACAUCGGGGACACCAUGUGGAGAUGCUGGAUGAGGCCUCUGAGAAGAAGAAGGAGAAGCUGAGAAAUGUUCUGCAAAAACUGACUACAAAGAGAGCGGAGACUGAGCAAAGAGUCCAGAGUCUACAGGAGCGCAGGAGAGAAGAUCAGGGAAAAGUGGCUGAUGUAAGAGAGACAGUCACUGCCUUGUUUAGAGACAUCAGGAGACAGCUGGAAGACCUGGAAAAGAGAGUCCUGAGUGAGAUCUCCAGGCAGGAACAGCGCGUUUCACUCUCAGUUUCUGAUCUGAUCCGGCAGCUGGAAAUAAAGAAGAACGAGCUGUCCGGGAAGAUGCGUCACAUUGAGGAGCUGUGUAACAUGUCUGACCCAGUGACUGUCUUACAGGAACCAGACACAGGGGACUUGUGUGAUACUGAGGACACAGAGAGACAUGAUACCCAGGUCCGCGGUGCAGGAGAUCUGGAUGUGGGUCUCAUCUCAGGGACAUUACACACAUCUGAUAUAACAGGUAUAAAUACAGGUGACUUGUGUGAUACUGUGUACACAGAGAGACAUGAUAACCAGGUCCAUUGUGUAGCAGAUCUGGAUGUGGGUCUCUCAAGGACAUUACACACAAUAUCUGAUAUAAUAACAGGUAUAAAUGUAUGCUUUUAUUUUCUGGAACCGAUAAACAUAUUACUGGAUGUAAACACAGCUGGUAAUAAUAUACACAUAUCUGGUGACAGGAAAACUGCAUCCUGGUCACCAGACCAGAUUCCUUCAGAAACACCAAAGAGAUUUCAGUGGCCUCAGGUAAUAAGCACCAGGGGAUUCUCCUCAGGGCGACAUUACUGGGAGGUGGAUGUCAGUAAAUCAGGGCGAUGUAUGGUGGGGAUGUGUUACCACAGUAUAGACAGAACAGGAGAUCAUUCAGACAUUGGAUAUAAUAACAAGUCCUGGGGCUUGUGGAGAUGGUGGUAUAAUAAUCAGUACUCAGUGAGACAUGACAGAAGAGAAAUCAAGUUAUCUCAGAAUAUCCGCUGUGACAGAGUGAGGGUAUAUCUGGAUUAUGAGGCAGGACAGCUGUCCUUUUAUGAGCUACGUGACCCUAUCAGACACUUACACACCUUUACUACCACCUUCACUGAGCCCCUGCAUGCUGUAUUAUGCGUAUGGGAAGGGUAUGUAAAGAUAUCUGGGGGAGCCAGGAGCCAGUAGGAAUGAUAAUAAUUUAAGAUGUCUGCCCAGAUAUUGAUUAGAUCACAGGGAUGGGAAUCUGAUUGGUGAAAUAUUCAGUCAAUAGAAUGAAGCAGUGGGUGGAGCUACAGCUGAGCCCCUCCCCCUGUGUAUCUAGGUGACCAGGGUGUCUGGAUUUGUUCACUUGUAGGUUUGUUAGAAACUGUCAUUAUAAAUAGAUAAAUAAAUACUAAUAUAACGGAUCACAUCAGGCUCUGCCGCUAUUCGGCCUUCCACCUCUCAGGCCACCCCGCACCCUUUCUGCUGUUUGCCGCCUCCGAGACUCCACACUGACUCCGCACCCAUCAAUAUCUGUCUGUCGGCCAGUGUGUACUCUAUUAGUGCAGUCAGUGCUAUAUUUAUUUCUGUUUUUACACAACACAAAAUGGGUUGGACAAUUCCCAGAAUGCUUAGAAACAUAGAAUUUGACGGCAGAUAAGAACCACUUGGCCCAUCUAGUCUGCCCCUUUUUUUUUAUUAUUCUUUAGGUAAUUCACUGUAUUAUCUUUAUUAUUAUAAAAUUAUCUCUAAUAGAAGAUUGUUUUUAUACCGUGUUCCCUCUUUACACCAUCCCUUUAAUGAUAUAAUGUCACAUUUGCUUAACAGUAAAUACUCUCUCAGCGCCUUAAAAUCUUUUAAUUACAUUAUAAGUCACCUUCGCUAUGACACCAGUUUUGCCCAUGUGUUAAAAGAACAUUAUAAAGAAGGAGCAUCGUACAUAUAGCAGAAAGGGAAUAUGACCUACAUUCUGCAGGAUGGUAUCCGUAAAUCAUACUUACCUACUCAGGCAGUCCCCCACACACCCGGAAUUAUGGUCCGUGAUAACUAAGGAGCGUGGCUAAAAUGAUGCAAAUACACAGUUCACAGCAUUUUGCCACCACUGGGGUGGGACCUAAUGGCGUUAUGCGCCUGGCCCCUUCCCCGGUUUGGCCAACUGCACCUACUGGAGUGGAGACUCUUAAAGUAGGCAAGUAUGUCUUAUGUCUGUUAUUAGAUAGUAACACAAUGUUUUAUGAUUACCCUUAGAGUCUAAGGGGCUUAUUUAUCACCAUCCGCAUCUUGGUUGCGGAUGUCAUGUGAUAUAAUUGCCCAAACUCGCACUGUGAUAAAUGAUUACAUCGCAGAGAUGCAUCAAUUAUCGCAUGCUGGGACAGAGCUUGCGGUCAAGCUCAGUCCCUGCGAUGCCUCUUUGCAGCAUCAUCGGGGUAUUUUUCGUAAAAAAUACCCCGAUGUCCUGAUGCGUAUGCGCAGCCCCCGCCGACAUCGCCGAUACCGCCGCCACCUGGUCGACCCCCCCCCCCCUCAUCGCGACUACCCCCGCGCACUGCGGACCCCCACCAGCAGGAUAAUAUACUUAUCUGUCCAGGGAGCCGGUCCGCGCUGCUUCUGCUGGGCGCCAGAUCUUGUGCGCUGCGGUGACCCCCGGUGCUGUAAAGUGCGCUGCUGCUUUGCAGCAUCACUUUACUGCACCGGGGUCACAUUGCAGCAUAUGGGGGACCCGACACCCGGCAGCGCUCAGCGGAGCAGUGGACACCGGAGCAGUGAUUAGCUAUGUGUGUCCAUCAGAUACACAGGGUCCCCGCUCAGCUCUCUCUGCCAGGGGCAGAGAAAGCUGGGCAAAAGUGUGCACAUCGGAGUGCUGCCCUGUGAUCUCGCCAGCCUGAGUUGGAGAGAUUAUCACAGGAUACACUGCGGCGUUUUUUUUGUAAAUCUGGUCAGAUCGCUUUUCCCAUUAUAAGUAUGGGGAAUGUGAUCUGGAAUACUAAAAAAAAGUGAAUUAAAGGGUUUUUCAUGAACAUUGCUCCAAAUGCCCUUUAAUACAUUCAGGUGAUACUAAAAUAAUGUGAAAAGGGUGUGAAAACAGAAAACUUCCUUAUUCACAUUAUUUUUGUAAAAAUAAUGUUAAUAAAUAGACCCCUAAGAGUUUUAUUUUACUUUAAAAAAUAAUUAUAAUUAUAAUUUAUACAGAGUUGGACAAUAAAUCUGAUUGUGCAGAGGAUUUACAGUUUUUUGGGCCUAAUUCAGACCUAAUCGCUCGCUAGCUGUUUUUUGCAGUGCUGCGAUCAGAUAGACGCCGCCUAUAGGGGAGUGUAUUUUAGCUGUGCAAGAGUGCGGGCGCAUGUGCAGCCGAGCGGUACAUAAACAGUUUGUGCAGUCUCUGAGUAGCCCAGAACUUACUCAGCCGCUGCGAUCACUUCAGCCCGUCCAGGACCGGAAUUGACGUCAAACACUUGUACGCGCCUGCGUUUUACCAACCACUCCCAGAAAACGGUCAGUUGACACCCACAAACGCCCUCUUCCUGUCAAUCUCCUUGCGAUCGGCUGUGCGAAUGGAUUCUUUGUUAAAUCCUUCGCACAGUAACGAUCCGCUUUGUUCCCCGUGCGACGCGCCUGCGCAUUGCGGUACAUACACAUGCGCAAUUGUGACCUGAUCGCUGCACUGUGAAAAAAUCUAGCGUGCAAUCAGGUCGGAAUGACCCCCAUUGUGUAGAAU